CUAUUUCCUCUACAAAUAGAGGCUAAAUGACUCAAGAAGAGAAACACACUCAUCUCUAUACCUUAUAUUUUCUUAAGAUUAGCAAAAAUCAUGGCAGAAACGUCGAGUUUGGUGGGAAAGCUUGAGACAGAAGUGGAGAUCAAAGCUUCGGCUGAAAAGUUCCAUCACAUGUUUGCCGAGAAACCACACCAUGUCUCCAAAGCAACCCCAGGCAGAAUUCAUGGAUGUGAGCUGCACGAAGGCGACUGGGGCAAAGUCGGCUCUAUAGUCAUCUGGAAAUACGUUCAUGAUGGAAAGGUAGUAGAGGGGAAGAAUCGGAUCGAGGCAGUUGAUACAGAGAAGAACCUGAUCACGUUCAAGGUUAUAGGAGGUGUGCUAAUGAAAGAGUACAAGAGCUUCGCAUUCACAAUCCAGGUGACCCCUAAGCAAGGAGGACCAGGGAGUAUUGUACACUGGCACCUUGAGUAUGAGAAAAUUAGCAACGAGGUGGCUCAUCCGGAAACUCUCCUCCAGUUCUGUGUCGAUAUCUCCAAAGAUAUCGACGAACAUCUCUUAUCCGAGGAAUAAAAAAUUACUCCUUUUGUAUGUGUGUGUGUGUGCGUGUCUUAAAGCUUAUGAGAAUGCUACGAUCCUCUGUGUGGGUUACUUAAUAAAAGCAUAUAAUGUUUUAAUGUUUUAUGUUUUGGAAAUUAAUAUGUCUUUCUGCUACGAGUUUUGAAAAACUCGGAUUUCAAGUUUAUUUGUUUACCACCAUCAUGGUCGAUCGUAAUAAUAUCCGGUUUCAUCAGUUC